AUGGUGUUACUCAACCUGCUGACGCUGGGACUCUGGUCAAAGGUCGGACGAUUGACACACUACGCCUUCGACGCCGUUCUCCUCUCCGCCUUUCUUGCGGGCAUGAAGCGGUCGACGGGAUUGACGCCUAGUUUCAAGACGGACAAAGUCGCUGGUGAAAACAAAGAAGUAUCGAAAUGGAUCGACAAGUAUCUCGGCGUCGGUGAGUGGGUGAUGGACCAGUCAGUCGCCAUCGCCGGCUCCAGCGGCUUCUUCGAGCGCACUCGAUGA